CCGAUCCUCUGCUUCUCCCCGCUGCUUCCACCUCCACGCACCGCCAGCUGCGGGACUCACUCCGCUGCAGCCGCUGGAUACACAUCAGCCACGGGAAUCGAACCUGCACCGCCAGGGACAGGUUGAUGUCUCCUCACAGAGCGCCCCCAGGGUCGCUUUCAAGCCUGACUGCUGAUCGCUCGCCACCUCUGUUGGCCUCUUGAGCGAGUCGAUUGGUCGCCCCCAGCUCUGCGAGACAGCGCACAGGUUCCGCUGAGCCCUGCCUGGGCAGGACUGCUCCACCAUGGACACUGAGUCCACCUACUCGGGCUAUUCCUACUACUCUGGACGCUCCCGGGGUUCCCACAGGCAUGGGGAGCGCAGCCGGGACCGCCACAAGCCGCGCAGUAAAGACAGCCGCUCAGAGAAGUCUGUGACAAUCAACACGCCGCCUGCAGAGCCGCUGCUGGGGGACUCGUCUGUGAGGGGGGAGCAGGUCCAGGAUGACAACUGGGGCGAGACCACCACAGCCGUCACCGGCACAUCAGAGCACAGCCUCUCUCAGGAGGAUAUCGUUCGCAUCACCAAAGACCUGGAGGACAGCGUGGGGCUCGACUGCCGCCGCUACUUCACCCUGACCCUCGCCGUGAUCCUGGGGCUCCUGGUGUUCCUGACGCCGCUGGCCUUCCUGGUGCUGCCCCACCUCCUGUGGCCGGACAAGCUGCAACCCUGCGGCACGGCCUGCGAGGGCCUCUUCAUCUCUGUGGCCUUCAAGCUGCUCAUACUGCUGCUGGCCGUGUGGGCCCUCUUCUUCAGGUCGCCACGGGCCGGCCUCCCGAGGGUCUUCGUCUUCAGGGCGCUGCUCGCCGUGCUGGUGCUGCUCUUUGUGGUCUCCUAUUGGCUGUUCUACGGAGUGAGAAUCCUUGAAUCUCAGGACGAGAACUACCAGGGAAUCGUGCAGUACGCCGUGUCGCUGGUGGACGCUCUGCUCUUCAUCCACUACCUGGCCAUCGUCCUGCUGGAGCUCCGGCAGCUCCAGCCCUGCUUCUCUGUGUGCGUCACCCGCAACACGGAUGGAGAGACGAGGCAAUACAACCUGGGACAGCUCAGCGUCCAGCGGGCAGCUCUGGCCAUCUUGGAGAACUACUACUGUGACUUCUCGGUCCACAACCCGGCGCUGCUCUCCGCCUCCAAGUCCCGCGCCGCCAAGCACCUGGCCGGCCUCAAGGUCUACAGCGUGGAUGGUGAGUUCCCAGCAGCCCCGGCUGAGGGCCCGGGGAACAACGCAGCAGCGGGUCUCGCCCACUCCCAGUCCCGAGCGAUGAUCGCGGCCGCUGCCCGGCGCAGAGACUCCAGCCACAACGAGCUGUACUACGAGGACGCGGAGCACGAGAGGCGCGUCCGCAAGCGCAAAGCACGACUGGUGGUGGCAGUAGAGGAGGCGUUCACACAUAUCAAGCGCAUGCAGGAGGAGGAGCAGAAGAAGGCUCCCGGGGACGUGAUGGACCCGCGGGAGGCGGCGCAGGCCAUCUUCCCCUCCAUGGCUCGGGCCCUGCAGAAGUACCUGCGGACCACCAAGCAGCAGCACUGCCACAGCAUGGAGAGCAUCCAGCAGCACCUGGCCUUCUGCAUCACCAACAACAUGACGCCCAAGGCCUUUCUGGAGAGCUACCUGAACCCGGGUCCGACCCUGCAGUACAGCCGCGACCACUGGAGGGCGCGCCAGUGGACGCUGGUCAGCGAGGUGUCGGUCACCAGCGGCCUGAACGACGGCACCAUCUUCCUGCUGAAGUGUGUGGACUUCAGCUUGGUGGUGACGUGCAGGAGGAUCCCCUACAUCCAGAUGUCGGAGGAAUUCAUCGACCCCAAGUCUCACAAGUUUGUGCUGCGGCUCCAGUCUGAAACCUCCGUGUAGGACCACUCUGUAACUCCUCACCUUUUUUUUGUAUUGCUCCUAAAUGUUUUCAUUUUGGGUUUGCAGUUUUUAUUUUUACUUUUUUGGAAUUUUUAUAUAUUAUAUAUGAAUCUAUAUAUCACACACACGUUUGAAUAUAUUGAUCUUUUUAUGUUUGAUUGGGAUGAAAAGAAGAAUCAGCACAGGAUUGUGUUCACAGGACUUUGGAAUGCGUGGACUUGUGUGCACAUAUUUGAUGUAUGUGUGUGUGUGUGUGUCACAAUCACUCAUUCCUUUUGUGUUUGAGAUGCUGGAGUCUAACGAGAUGGGAACAUUGGAGGAUUCUGACGUCCCCACAGAGACUUGUUUCUUUGCCUCUCUCACUUUAUAUCCAGGGGUCAGACUCAAAAAUCUCAAAGAACUGGAUGAAAAAGACUCUGAUUAUUGAAGCGCACGACAAACAUCUCCCCUCCUCUGCCAUCUCGUCUACAACAUUUGAAAGUAUCUGGAUGCUUUAAAUGGAUUAUUCCUCUUGAAAACCACAAAAAAGAGAAAGAAACUAAAUUUCAAUCAGAGUUGGCAUUAGAUGCACAUUGAUGUGUGUUUGUGAAUGAGAAGUAAAGGCUUUUUAUUUAAAGUUCUUGAAUGAAUCGUCUCAUCCUGCUCUGAAAGGACGUUGGACCAUUUUCCUUUUCUCGUGACUCCUUCAGGACGUCUUCACUGCUCUGGAGCGGCUUUCAUGCCACAUUUGAGAUGUCAGCCUUCAACAUGUAGAAGACUUUCACCCUUUCAUUUGGAUGAUUUGGUCUGUUUUGGUGCACGAUUCCUCUCCAGGUGCAACGGAAAUAUUUCCACUCCAGUGGGGAAACAACACGCUGAGUUCAAACACCUGGGUGAACACAAAAUGAACCAGAAGAGACACACUUGGAUGGAUACGUGGCCACAAACGUUUGCCCUGCCUCCACGGUUCAGUGACCUGCUCAGGGUCUUCACGUCCAGCACGCCCGACGGGGGGGCGGGAAGAGUGACACAACAAUGUCAAAAACUACUGACGACUCCAGACCAGAGCCUGUUAUUUUAGUACUGUCCAGUCUAGAGGAUUCUCUUUAAUGUGUUUCCACAAUAACAACAGAAUCGUGUUCUCCAUCAUUCUGCUCUCAGUAAUGAAAGACUUCCUGAUGACUUUCACAUUAAAAGCCCGCUUAUAAAAGAGGUUCUGCAAGAUAUUUAUACCGUUUAUUUCACAGAGAAACAGGAAGUACAGGACGAGAGCCAGAGAGAUGACAGAUCCUCCGAGAUCAAGUUGAGUUUAUACUGGAUUUAUCAAGACAAAGGAAACUAAAGACCGGUUCCUCUCUCCCACUGAAACAAGAGAAUUUACUGUAUUUAAAGUAGGAUUUUAAUGUUUGGGGUCAAACUUGUAAAAUAUAUAAGAGAUGGUAAUGGCUGAACAGUCGGAGCUGGGUGGAAACAGGGUGGAACCUGCCUCGUAACUGGACCGGCUGGUUUUCCUCUCCGCCCGUCUCCUACAACAAACACGCUCACAGGGAAUCUCUCCAUUCAGGAGGGAUGUCCUCUCUUAGUAUUCCUUUCGCCAGAACACAGAGAAAUGAAGCUAAUGGCACUUAAAAGACACUUUAUCCUCCUAAUAGUUUGACCCAAUAGAAUGAGUCAAUCUGUAAAUUCAGCAGAAGAGAAUCCCUCUGAUAAACAGGCUGAUGCUGUCUGGCUGUGCCCUACUGCCCCCUGGCUGGUAAACAGAGUACUGUCAGUUGGUCUGCCUGAGGGAAGCGUCAAGGUGAAGAUUCACACAGAAACCCAGUCUCCGUGCUCCCUGCAGCUGUUCAAACAUCUGGAAACACCUGGACAAAGCACUUUCUGCUGUUUCCUCUUCAAUCUCUUUGACCUGCAGCUGCCACUGGUCGUAUUUUGAACCCACUGACACGUCAACUUUGUAUGAAACCUCCUGUUUUUACACUGUAUCUAUUUAUGUAAACAUGCACGUUUGUAUGUAUGUAUAUGUAUGUGUGUUUGUUCCAUAUGACGAGACCCCCACCCCCCACCACCCCUGUCCUCCUCAUCCCCACCCUCUGUCAAGCCGAUGCCAGGUUACAGGCCCGUGUCAUGUUUACGUCGCACAGCUUGAUGAUAAUCAUGUGACGUUACAAUGUAGGACAUGUUUCACACUCUCAGCAUUUGUUAAGAAAAUAAACAUUUUUAUGGAUAUUUGUAAAA